AUGCCUGAGCUAGCCGAAGUCUCACGUAUCGUCCAUUUCAUACGCCAGCAUCUUGUCGGCAAGACUCUCGCCAAGGUAUCUACGCAAAAUGAUGACAUUGUUUAUGGUAAAGCGGGGACGAGUGCCUCGGAGUUUCAGAAAGCAAUGGAAGGCAAGAAGAUCGUUGGUGCAGGGCAGCAAGGCAAAUACUUCUGGAUAGCCAUGGCGUCGCCGCCGCAUGUUGUAAUGCAUUUUGGCAUGGCAGGCUGGCUGAAAAUUCGAAAUGCUGACACAUACUACUACCGGACUGACAAGCCACAAGACAAAGAAUGGCCCCCCAAAUACUGGAAGUUCUUGCUGGAAACGGAUGAGGACCCAAAGACAGAGGCUGCAUUUGUUGACUUCCGCAGACUAGGCAGGAUAAGACUGGUGGAUUGUCCCGCGGAGCAGAUUCGAAAAUUCAGCCCCCUCAAAGAGAACGGUCCAGACCCUGUGGCGGAUAAGGACACGGUGACCGAAGACUGGCUGGCAGGCAAGCUAAGGAGCAAGAAGGUCCCCGUCAAGGCUUUACUUUUAGACCAAGCGAACAUAAGCGGGAUUGGCAAUUGGAUGGGAGAUGAGAUUCUCUACCAUGCAAGAAUUCACCCAGAGCAAUACAGCAACACCUUGGCUGACGAUCAAGUCAAAGAACUUCACUCAGCCAUUCAUUACGUCUGCUCAACCUCAGUGGAUUUGCUGGCAGACUCCGACAAGUUUCCUGAGGACUGGCUGUUCAAAUACCGAUGGUCAAAAGGGAAGAAAAACGCCUCUCCCACUCUACCGAAUGGAGAUAAAAUUACCUUCCUUACUGUUGGCGGUAGGACAAGUGCUGUGGUUCCAAGUGUGCAGAAAAAGACCGGUCCUGUAGCAAAAGACGUCAAGACUGAGGAUAGCGAUACGCAGAAUAAGCGGAAGCGAAAAAUAGUGCCUAAAGUUGAAAGUGAUGCAGAGGCAAGCGAGGAAGAGCCAAAGGCGAAGAAAGCAGGAUCGAAGAAAACAGCCCAGCCGAUCAAGGAAGCUGAUGACGAGAAGAAACCUGAAGUAGACGGUACAUCGUCUACGGGGAGAAGACGUUCGGCUCGGCUCAAGAAAUGA